AUGGCUGCGACUAUGCUUGCUCGAUGCUCACGUAUCUACAAUUGCGAUUAUGCGUGCAAGUGUGUUUCCUCCGAGAAUCACCAGACGGCGGGGAAACGGAAUGAGAAUCGGAAUCUCGUAAUCAACCGGAGAUUCACGAAACCUUCCAAGCUCAUUCUUCGUGACCGAUCCAAGCUGCGUAAGCUCAAUGAUCCUUCCGUCACUCUCGCUCUACGCAAUUUCGCCGAUUCCGGUCUCAUGGAGGAUGCCCUCCACCUGUUCGAUGAAAUGAACAAAGCCGACGCUUUCGUGUGGAAUGUGAUGAUCAGAGGAUUAUGUAGCUCUGGGUUGUAUCAUGAAGCGGUUAGAUUUUACUGCAGGAUGGUGUUUGCAGGAAUCAAAGCCGAUUCCUUUACAUAUCCAUUCGUGAUCAAGUCUGUCGCUGGAAUUUCGUCGUUGGAAGAAGGGAAGACGAUUCACGCGACGGUGAUCAAGCUUGGGUUCGAUUCAGAUGUUUACAUAUGCAAUUCUCUUAUAUCCUUUUACAUGAAGCUCGGAUGCGCCAGGGAUGCAGAGAAAGUGUUCGAGGAAAUGCCUGAGAGAGACAUUGUCUCGUGGAACUCCAUGAUUUCUGGGUAUCUUACGCUUGAAGAUGGCUUUCGCUCGUUGGUGCUGUUCAAAGAAAUGCUGGUUAACGGAUUUAAACCGGAUAGGUUCAGUACGAUGAGCGCUUUAGGUGCUUGUUCUCACGUGUGUAGUCCAAAACUGGGAAAGGAGAUGCAUUGCCAUGCUAUUCGAAGUAGAAUUGAAGCUGGUGAUGAUGUUAUGGUGAUGACAUCGAUGCUUGACAUGUACAGUAAAUUCGGUGAAGUGAGUUACGCGGAGAGGAUAUUCAACGGUAUAAUACAGAGGAAUGUUGUAGCUUGGAACGUUUUGAUAGGGUGUUACGCUAGAAAUGGGCGAGUGGUUGAUGCUUUUCUCUGUUUUCAGAGAAUGUCAGAGGAAAAUGGGUUGCAGCCAGAUGUUAUCACGUUGAUAAAUCUGCUCCCUGCUUGUGCGGUCUUAGAGGGUAAAACGAUUCACGGGUACGCAAUGAGGAGAGGCUUUCUUCCUCAUACAGUAUUGGAAACUGCUCUGAUUGACAUGUAUGGAGAAUGUGGGCAGUUGAAAUCAGCUGAGGUUGUAUUUGAUCGAAUGGCUGAAAAGAAUUUGGUUUCAUGGAACUCGAUUAUUGCUGCUUAUGUGCAGAAUGGGAGGAGCUAUUCAGCGUUGGAGCUGUUUCAAGAGCUGUGUGUUUCGUCGUCGUCGCUUGUGUUUGAUUCCAUAACGGUCGCUACUAUCCUACCAGCUUAUGCAGAAUCUCUCUCCCUGAGUGAAGGUAGACAGCUUCAUGGUUAUAUUGUUAAAGCCAGAUACGAGUCAAACACCAUCAUCUUGAAUUCGCUCGUUCACAUGUAUGCCAUGUGUGGAGACCUUGAGGAUGCAAGAAAAUGUUUCGACCGCGUUUUGUUUAAGGAUGUUGUUUCAUGGAACAGCAUCAUCAUGGCCUAUGCGGUACACGGUUUUGGGAGAGUUUCGAUUUGCUUGUUCUCGGAGAUGGUUACUUCUGGAGUAAAUCCAAACAAGAGCACAUUUGCCUCGGUAUUAGCAGCGUGUAGCAUUUCAGGUAUGAUCGAAGAAGGAUGGGAUCGUUUCGGUUCAAUGCAAAGAGAAUACGGGAUUGAUCCUGGGAUAGAACAUUAUGGCUACAUGCUGGAUCUCAUUGGUCGUACAGGAAACUUGAGCUCAGCCAAGAGAUUCAUUGAAGAAAUGCCAUUUGUGCCAACAUCUCGGAUUUGGGGAUCUUUGUUAACCGCAAGCAGAAACCACAACGAGAUUGCCGUAGCUGAAUUCGCAGCAGAGCAGAUUUUCAAGAUGGAACACGAUAACACGGGAUGCUAUGUCUUGCUCUUGAACAUGUAUGCAGAAGCUGGAAGGUGGGAAGAUGUAGAUAGGAUCAAGCUUCUCAUGAAGAGCAAAGGCAUAUCUGGAACAGCUAGUAGCAGCACUGUUGAGAUGAAGAGCAGAACUCAUCUGUUCACAAACGGAGACAGGUCUCACGUGGAGACAGACAAGAUCUAUGAAGUUUUAUAUAUUGUCUCGAAGAUGAUUGGAGAAGAAGAAGAAGGAGGCAGAUGCUGUGUUCACUGCGUCUAG